AUUAGCUAAACAUGGCAACACUGGUACUGUAUUGUCACUCAGAUGAAAAGUGUUGUUUCGCUCCUCCUAGCAGUUUUUAGUGUAUUUAGCGUAUCCCCUUUACUUUUGUGUUUACUAUUCAAUUAAGUCCUCUUCUUGCUAUGUGUUAUGUUAUGUUAAUUUGACUAGACACGCGAUAUAAUCAUAAACGCCUCUGUAAUUAAUGUUCGCUCGAUGUCAAUAGGGACGAUAUUUGUUUGCUGUGUGUCAUCCAAAAUGGCAGGAAAGACGAAUAAUUUGCAUUUAGACAUUAGCUGAUGUGAAAUAAUGAUAUUAAGUGCGUCUAGAAGAGUGUCGUGUGGGUGGACUGUGAAUUAACGCGGGAAUGUGGACAUAGAAGUGUGAGAUGGGGUCCCAGACUUUGGAAAUUCUGCGUCAGGGUGUUUGGGCAUCUCUGACAGGCGGCUGGUUUUACGAUCCGCACCAGAAUUUGUUUUGCAACACUGUGCACCUGUAUGUGUGGCUGUUCCUGUUAUGCCUUCCGUUCUCCGUGUACCUGUACUUCCCUCCAGCAAGUCUCGGGUGGAUCAUCUACUGCACGCUGGUGGCUCUUCUCUUCACGAGCCUGAAGCUGCUGAACCAUGGGCUCCACCACAUGUAUGACACCAGUGAGUGCAUUGUACUCCCGCCAAGCACCGAUGGGACUUCCAAUGACAAUACUACCCGUGAUGAAGGCAUGGAGAUGCAGAUGCUUCGUCCGGCUGCCGCCAGCAGCGACAACGAGUCCAUGGCGGGCGCCGACUACAACAAACCCAACAACAGCACCAUAGAUUUGAAAGUGGAUGUGCACAGAAAGAACAGCUCGGAGUCUAGCAACGAAGACAGCACACUGUCGGUGAAGUUGUCGGACGUGGCGGCCGCCGGCGCCGAGCUCGCGGCGCCCGAGCCGGGGCCCUCCGGGGCCAAGAGGCCGCAGCCGAGACGGAAGCCUAAACGCGACCCCCGAGCCAAACGGCGCGCUAAUCGCAUCGACGAGCUCAUCGUCGAGGAGGUGUACCGCUCGGGCCGCGACGCCGCCCUCCCCCACGACGACGGGCCCUUCGCCAAGGUCUCCCGCCGCUACCACGACUGCUCCCACCGCCGCGGCUCCAACCGAGACUUCUUCAAGGAGUGGCUGUAUCUCGACGGCAACGAAGCCGUCGGGGAACCUUACCAAUCCAAAUUCGCCCGCCAACUUAGCUCAGACUCCAGAGAUAACUCCGAACCGAGCGUCGGACCACCUUCCCCGAAGAAAAGAUCACACCGGAGAAGAUACAAUAACUAUCCGGAGGAAAACUGCACCAAAUCCGCUAUAGCACUAACUACUCAAGAAUUAAACAGAAAUAUGAGAUGUAAAUCUAACUCGACCAUGUCGACUAUACAGCUGCCGUUGCUAAAUUCGACUGCUCAACUAGUUUCACAUAUGCGGAGACACUCAAAUAACACGGAUACAGGUUUCUUUGCGAGUGUAGAGCUUGGCGAGUAUAUGAUGGUCAAAGCGGAAGCUCCGACUGGUGACGCUGAUAAAAAUAAAGGCAAAAGCCCAGGAGUUAGGAGGAUUAAGAGUGCCGCUUUAGAGAUAGGAUGCCCUCCGCCCAGUGUAUCGAAUUUAUCCCCCCAUCCUAAUAGCGUAGAGACUAUAGGCGGACAAGUGUUAAAAAACCCGAAAAAUGCCGUCAUACCUCCGCCUAGCAAAUGCUUGACUAGAGGACCGCAUUUCAAUUUGUUUCCACGCAGCGAACCGGACGAAGGCAGAGGCAGCUACCCCUACCUAACGUACGGUUCCGAAAUAGUAUACCCCAUAGCUGAAAUAUCCGAUGAAAUGCAGACAUCACAGAAAGAGACUGAUUUAGAUUCGAGCGGUGAAAGUUACAGUGAAUACGAAGAUGAUAAGCAGUUCCGAGGUUUCGAUUGGGACGCGGAACAAUCACCAGUAGUGAGAUCCAGUGAUUCCGAUUAUGAGAAUAAUGGUUCAAGAUCUCCUUUGCUAGACAGAGCAACGGACGUCCGAGUGGUUCGAACGAAGAACCAAGAUUGCAAGAAACAUUGCUGUGAACGACACUCAAAGCAGAAUCCAGAGUGCGCUCAUAGCAAAUCUAAACCUGUAAGACUGAAGAAGCUUAUGAAACAAGAUGAGGCCAAGUGUGUUGAUCGACCGAGUGGUUCGUGUGAGUGUAAAUAUCCCGCUGACUAUUAUGAUAAAGCCAGUGCUAGUUCUAAAGACUUGCUUAUAGAGAAGUCGAGCUUAGAAUCCAAUGAGAAUGAGAAGAAAGAUGAUAAGCCAGUUGAGAAGAAACUGUGGGACCAUGAUAUAUCUAAUUCUAGCAGUAGUAGUGAAGCCAAUUUUGAUAGACCACCGGAGAAAGCAAAAGAAGAUGAUAAAGUCUUCCAAGAGACUGAGGAAUCACAGGUGAUUGAUAGUAAAAGCGCGGAUGAGAGAAGUGUUUAUAGUAUAGAUUGGUUAUUUGAAGAAUCAGCUAUAGAAGAAUCCCCACCCUGCUGUCCGGUGGUCUGUCACGAAAAUUGUGCUACAGAAGAAAUUAUAUGCCAAAAACUUGCCAACGCCUUAGGCGAAUCCUCAUUCAAUGUCCCAAAAAAUUUAGGAGCUAUUCCAAAGCAGAUUAAAAACUUGGCGCGUUCGAGAGCUUCAUCCCAGAAGGAAAAUAAGAAAAAAGAUUCAAAGAAAGAGAAUGAGACUGAAGAUAGAACGCUUAUGGAUGCUGUGGAAGCUCAGGCUGCUUUAGUACAGGGUCUAGAAUGCCUUUUUGCUGCUACAAAUGCAAAUACGGUUGUUAUGCCACCUCCCAGAGAGGAACGACCAAGAAGUCACAGGCAGAGCAUUAGAGGUGAAAGGGAAAACUCACACAAAACCAGGAAAAGAUCAAUAGAAGAGGUCGCACAAACGUCCACAAACACACUACUCCCUACUUCCAUGCCUCUACUAGCGGCUUUCCUAAACUCCAGAGUAGAUUUAAUGCCCUGCUGCUUACCCGAAAAUGCCCCUCCAGAGCUAGUCCAAUACGCCGAAGAAGGCCAAAGACUUAGACCUCUAAUGGACAGAAACCACAGGAAUAGAGUGCGGAAAAUAAAACGAUCUACCAGACAAAGAAACAAUCCGUCCAACCAGAACAAUGCCGAUAAAAAAGACAAAACCCCUUACCCGGAAAACCCUAAUACUUCCAACAGUGUUCAUUUCGCGACGUCUUUCGAUGACACGACAGACGGAGCGAUACAUUGCUUCAUGGAUGAAUAUGGCAAUUGGAUGUCAUAUACAUUUGAUAAGAAUAGCUCAGGAAGGGCUCAAGCUCAACCCAUUCCUCUCCCAGACAAAGAGGAUGUUAGAUGUAAUAGAGUGAAGCCGAUAGAAGCUCCAGAUUCGCAGGAAACCGGUGAAGGUAGCUGCGGAUCGUUAGAAUCAGAAGCGGGGAACAGCGAAAGCAUAGCGAAACCUAAAAGAGAAAACAGCAUCGAUCAAAGCUCGUCUAAUCAAGGCAGUAAUAACCCAUUACUGUCAAGUAAUAACAAUGUUUCCGCUGUGGUUCCGAUUAAUACAAACAACGCGAAUAAAAGGUUUUAUGUUUUUGACGGCGGGACCGGAUCACGCACGGAUCAACCACGGUCCCCUGUGGCGUACGCAACUGAUAGCUUACUAGAGCAAAUUGAGGCUGAAAGGCAGUCUAGAAUGGGCUUCCCAAGCAUGCAUAUAAACUUCUUAAUGAGCCAGCAGAGGGCACAGAGGGAACAAGCACAACAGUCCGUUGAAACUGUCUCUAACAAUAUACCAAGUCUAAUGCCUUCGUCUAUAGGUGAAGCGAGCCUAGAAAUCAACAUAAGGAGUAAAUUAUCAAAGUUCAUGGACGAAAUAGAGAAAGCCAAUCAGCCAAAACCAAAGAGUUACUACAAGUUUAAUCUAUGGAAGUGUUUCGAAGUGAAAGUGACGAUGGACAGAUUGAAAUUGAUGGCGUUAUUUGACAGGAAUUUAACGUUCAAAGAGACUUUCAUAUCAAUCUUACUAGCGAUCUCAGUGGCGGUUUUAGGCUCAAUGGUGUUAAAUCUAGGAUUUUACAGGGACAUAUACGCGUUUUGGUUCUGUUUCAUAAUGGCUGGAAGCCAAUAUUCUUUACUGAAAAGUGUCCAACCGGAUUCAGCGUCGCCCGUUCACGGUUUCAACAAAAUGGUCGUGUUUUCUCGACCAGUAUACUUCUGUUUAUGCACAGCAAUACUAUGUCUCGUCAAUGGGCAGUUGCACCAGAUACCGGAAGAACAUUCUAGAAGUAAACGAAGUGUGGACGAGAAACCUUUAACUAUAUACGGGUUCGAAAUGAACGAGAGAGAUUUUUUACUAGUAAUCCAGGAAGUACUAUCAAAAUUUCUUCUCUUCUUCCCUUUAGCGUUCAGCUUAGGAUUAUUCCCUCAAGUGAAUACAUUUCUCAUGUAUCUUCUAGAACAAAUCGACAUGCAUAUAUUUGGUGGUAACGCUACCAGCAGUUUAAGCGCUGCGGUAUAUUGCGUAGUAAGAUCUUUAGCAGCUAUAGGAGUCCUAUACGGCUUCGCGUACAGUGGACUCGUUGAAGGAAAGAAAUCACAGCACCAAAAACACAAUAUACUUUUUUCUAUCUUCUGCGCUUUGCUAGUACCUAUAGCAUAUCACUUAAGUAGAAGCGCAAGCGAUUACACAUUAAUUUGGAAUUUAAUUAAAAAACACUUACUUCCACCUGAGUUAUACGUGAUACAGACGCUGCCAGAAGUCAUACCUGAAGCAGGGAAACCUGAAAACACAUUGACAGAUGACAAGAAAAACAAUUCAGAAAGUAAUAUCUCCAAACAGAACUCCAUAGGAUCAUCAGCAUCUAAAAUCAACUUCAGCUCGGAGACUAACAUAGCUAAAACUCAAAAGCGUUCGCAGACCUCAAGUGUUAGCUCUUUAAAAAUGGAUCCCCGGGGUGAUACUAUGUCUACUUCAUCUUUAAAGGAGCCGAAUGAGACGGAAGAUAAAACGAAAGAUCCAGAAAAGCCGGUGGAUGAGGAUAUGGAGGAUCCUUUGCCUAAGAAGUUGCAGGCGACGGUGAAUGCGAGAUUGAAGAACGACGUGAUAGUGUGCACGUUUCUAGGCUUGUUCGUGUUUGGCCUGCAUUGUACUACGGUGUUUACAUCGCUUACUAAACUGCAGUUGAACAAGGUGGUCUGGAUAAUCUGCGCAGUGGGCUGGGUCCUACACUACAUAACCCCUCAACUGCGCAAACAGCAACCUUGGCUCUGUUUAGCAGGGCCAGUGUUAAGACCACACGAACACGCUCAGUUUGAGGUCACCGAACCGGCGAAACUUAUGUAUUUCGAAAAGAUAUUCGUGUACCUCUGUUUCCUGGAGCGCAACGUUCUGUACCCGGGCAUAGUGGUGGCCGCUACAACACAAGACGCGCCGCUAAUAGCCGCUAAAUACGGAGACGCGCUGGCGGCGCUGUUUGUGUGCGUGGCCGCGCUCAAGUGCCUCCGGAACGCCUACUCAGAACCUGAAACGCAAUACCUGAUACUGGUGUUCGCGUACCUGCUGUUCCAAUGGGACCUCAACAGUCAGAACAUCUCGGAGCAGUUCCUCAUUGAUUACUUCGUCACCGCCAUUAUAUUCAGCAAGGUGUACGAGUUUCUGCUAAAAAUCCAGUUCGUAGUGACCUAUAUCGCGCCCUGGCAGAUAACCUGGGGCAGCGCCUUCCAUGCGUUCGCCCAGCCAUUCAGCGUGCCGCAUUCCGCCAUGUUGUUUCUGCAGUGCGCUGUUUCGGCGUUAUUAUCGUCCCCUCUCACUCCCGCUUUGGGCAGUGCAAUAUUCAUGACAUCGUACGUGCGGCCCGUCAAGUUUUGGGAGCGCGACUACAACACCAAGAGAGUGGACCAGAGCAACACGAGGCUCUCCUCGCAGUUGGAACGGAACCUGGGGGCUGAUGACAACAACCUCAACUCGAUAUUCUACGAGCAUUUAACAAGAUCAUUACAGCACUACCUGUGCGGCGAUCUCAUGCUUGGCAGGUGGGGACAGGUCCAACAAGGAGAUUGUUUUGUGCUCGCCUCAGACUACCUGAACUGCCUAGUCCACAUAGUGGAGAUGGGCAACGGAUUGGUCUCGUUCCAACUGCGAGGCCUCGAGUUUAGAGGCACAUACUGUCAGCAACGUGAAGUCGAGGCCAUUUCGGAAGGCCCAGAGGAGAGUGGUGAAGGCGUAUGUGGCGUCUGGGCCUGCGGUCUCGGUGGGGCUCGCUUCCUGGCGCCGGGCGCCGCUUGGGCGCUGCGCUGGCUGGCGUGGCAGCUGGCUGCUGCUCGAUACGUGCUGGAGGGCUACAGCGUCGCCGACAACAGCGCCGUGUCCAUGCUGCAGCUGUUCGACUUCAGGAAGGUGCUGCUCACCUAUUAUGUCAAGAGCAUAAUCUACUACACCAUGCAGUCAGCGAAGCUUGAAGAAUGGCUGUCCUCGCCAACAUUAACCGAAGCCCUGAAACCGAUGGCCGAGCGCUCGUUCGUCGACCUCGACCCCAUCUUUAAUGUCAAUCUGGACGAAGAUUACGACUUUAGAGCAUCAGGCAUCACUAGGUCGCGGUUCUGCGCGGUGUACCAGGAGUGGAUCGUGCACUGCGGCGCGCGGCGCGGCGCGGGCUGGCGGCGGCGCGCGGCGGCGCGGGAGUCGGCGCUGGUGACGCUGUGCUUCGCGCUCAGCGUGGUCGGCCGCCGGGCUCUAGCGCAUGCGCAACACCUGUCCGCCUCCAGUGUGGAAUUCUUCCUGUACGGUCUCCACUCGCUUUUCAAGGGCGAUUUCCGCAUUACCUGCGCUCGCGACGAGUGGGUGUUUACCGAUAUGACACUGCUACACUCUGUGUUAGCGCCUGCCAUCAGGAUGGCAUUGAAACUGCACCAGGACCACUUCAUGUUUCCCGAAGAGUACUGCAGCAGUUCAGCUCUGUUCUCCGCCAUCGCAUGUCAUUCCGCCCGACUGGUCAUCUGCCACGAAGCGGCCCCGGCGUGGCGGCACAACGUACUACGUGGGGCGCCGCACCUACUUGCCCUCAGACACGUAAUGGAUGAAGGCAACGACGACUACAAGAUAAUAAUGCUCAACAAGCGCCAUCUAGGUUUCCGAGUGAUCAAGUUAAACCGCGAAUGUGUCCGUGGACUCUGGGCUGGACAGCAACAAGAGUUAGUCUAUCUGAGGAACAGGAACCCAGAACGGGGGUCCAUACAGAACGCAAAACAGGCACUCCGCAACAUAAUAAACUCAUCGUGUGACCAGCCCAUCGGUUACCCGAUCUACGUGUCACCGUUGACCACAUCAUACGCUGACACAUCACCACCGCUAUGCUCGUUACUCGGCGGGCCUGUUACUGUAAAAGCCAUUAGGACCCGAGUGGCUGCGUUAUGUAAAAGGAUCCGUCGCCGCUGUGGAGAGGGUUGCUCAAGCGGCGGUGUAGACGCUGCCGCCGCCGAGGCCGGCGCCGCUCGCGCUGUCAGCACGCCGAGACACAACACGCUACAUCUAUCUCGGAGCUCGUUAGCGGGUACGCGUGGCAGCUUAGCUAGCGCGGGCAAGCCGGGCGCUACCCUGGCGUCUCUAGCCGGCUUGCUUCGGGAACAUUCGCACGAACGGACGCAAGAAGAAGUAGCGAACGCCUACGGCAACACACACGACACGUUGGACAGCCGCCGGCGCAGCGAGGAGCGCGCGGGCCCGGCGCGGCGCGAGCGCCACAUGCGCGCGCGGAGCCACGGCAAGGAGCCCGCGAGACAGGGCAACCGCAGCCGGGCGCGGCGCGAGCGCGCGCGGCCCGCGUCCUUCCGCCUGGACCCCCGCGAGCAGGACACCAAACCCGACGAGCCACAGGGCUCCACGGGAAGCGGGUGGGAAGGCGCCUGGCGGGACCAACCCAGGCGUUCCGCUAGUUCUAAGACGGCGGCCCCGCGGCGAUCAGAAGAGUCCUCGCUGGAGGAACUGGCCCCGCACGGCCUCUCCGACGUGUCGCUGCCGGACUGCAAGAUACUCGCCAACAGGCACGCCAGGCAAGACAGAGACUUACAAAGAUACUUCCUAAACGAAGGCACGUCAAAAGAUCUGUCCAAACUCAGCAAAGAAAUCCGUCAUGAGCGAGAAAGCUACCGCGAACUCACCGGUCGCUAUAUAGAAAAAUCUGAAGCCAUACCGCUCAAAGAAACCCACUAUUCCGACUUGUCCAAUAAAGAGUCCAUACUUAAGAAAGAAGGGAAAAAGGACUCUAAGAAUAAAGAUAUAAAGACUAAAAUCAAACGAUCAGAUUCGGGCAGAAGCGAGUUGAAAAUGAAUGUCAGUGUUGGUAGUAAAGUGUUGAUCAUUGAGCCUCUCGGGGUGUACGAUUGUAUCAAUUUGGGGAGGAGGAUAGAUGUGCAGUGGCCUUCGGAGGCGCAGAGGGAGAGGGGGGGGAGGAACUUUUGGGGGAGCUGGGUGCCGAUGCCGGGGAUGGAUGGACUGGUGGUGCACAAAUGGACCCCUAACCACCGGGACCCUAAACUACGGUCCCACGUCGACAAGAGCAUCCUUCUCAUACAGAUAGAAGAUAAAUUCGUUCCCAUUGCCGAGAACUGUGUUCAGGACCUCGGCGACGAGGUCUGAGGUGUGCAAUAGACCUUAAUACAUGGAUAUAAGACUCAAAAUUGCGUAGAAAUUUCAUGAA